AUGGGCCUCGCAAACCCCGACAAAUUCCCUCCCCCUCCAGAGGAUGAGGAGUCCCUGACUCUUACGGUGGACUGGACACCGGAGGAGGAGCGCAAAGCGAAGCGGAAGCUGGACUUCAUUAUUAUGCCUCUCCUAACCCUAGGCUUUUUCUGUCUCCAAUUGGAUCGUGGCAACGUGUCCAACGCCAUCACGGAUAACAUGAUGGAGGAUGUGGGCAUCACACAGAACCAGUUUAACGUCGGCCAGCAGAUGCUCUCACUCGGCAUCGUGUUGUUCGAGAUCCCGUCCAACAUGAUUCUGUACCGAGUGGGUCCCGGAAAGUGGAUCACCCUGCAACUUUUCCUUUUCGGUAUUGUUAGCACCUUCCAGGCCUUCCAGAAUAGCUAUGGUUCUUUUGUUGCUUGUAGAUUCCUCUUGGGCAUGGCCGAAUCCGGCUUCAUCCCUGGCGGACUUUGGACGCUAUCAACGUGGUACACACGAAGCGAGACGGCGAAGCGAGUCAUGUUCUUCUACUUCGGUAAUCAGUUCGGCCAGGCGUCUUCGAAGCUCCUCGCGUACGGUAUCUUGCAUAUGCGCGGCGUGGGUGGCAAGGCUGGAUGGUUCUGGUUAUUCGUGCUUAUGGGCUGCUUUACGAUUUUCAGCGGAUUCAUUCUCGGCUUCUUCCUCCCCGAUUCGUUCAAGAACCCAUGCAGCACGUUCGUCCCCGGCAAGUCCUUGUUUACCGAGCGGGAGAUCCACAUUCUCCGCACGCGCAUCAUCCGCGACGACCCCAUGAAGGGGAAGAAGAAGAAGUCGAUUGGUCGCCCGGCAUUCAGGAAGGCCUUCUCGAACUGGCGCCUCUAUGCUCACGUAAUCAUCACGCUCUGCAACAACGGUCCCCAACGUGCAUUCGAUACCUACGCGCCCACCAUCGUCAGGAGUUUCGGAUAUGAAGCGCUCAAGAGUAACGCCAUGGCCUCCGUGGGUCUUUUCCUCCAGAUUCCUACCUCCUACGCCUUUAGCUAUGUUUCCGACCACUUCAACCGCCGAGGAGAAACCGCCAUCGCCGGUCUCAGCAUGCACUUGCUCGCCUACGUUAUGAACCGAAUUUUCACUGAAAUGACCAGCAAGGGCGUACGAUACUUUGGCGUUGUGUGGACCCAGACUUUUGGAACUUUCUCUCACCCUCUCAAUAUUGCCUGGAUGUCUCUCACGUGCGAAGAUUCUGAGGAACGAGCACUCGCCAUGGCCAUUUAUGGCGCGCAAAUCUUCCGAUCCGACGACAAGCCCAAGUACCGGCGCGGUUUCGGCGUCAACAUCGGCGUUCUCACCCUCGGCGUCACCCUCGCCACUGUCCGAUUGGUCGACGACGUCUUCCGCCGCCGCAAACUUGCCAAGCAGCUCCAGCUUCAAGACAACGAGAACGGGUCGCAGGAAAAUGCCGCACGCGUCAGCGAUGUCCAGCCUGCCCCGAUUCUUCUUGGAGAUGAAAAGAAGCUGGUUGUUUCCAAUUAA